AGUUUUAAAUUGGAUCUUGUGUAAGACAGAAGUAAAGAAUCUUAAAGUAUCAUGAAAACAUUGGCAAUCAUCGCAAUAUUGGGAUUUGUUGCAGUUUGUUCUGCUAUUCCAUCACCACAAAGAGCUCGACAAUGGCGUGAUUCUAUAAUCCAAUCCAUUGGUCAUCGUAAACGUCAGACAUUUGGGUGUCCAAAUGGAGAAAUUUAUUAUGAAGAUUGUAACACUUGCACUUGUAUUGACAACGUUCGAUAUCAAUGCACAACUUUAGAAUGUCAUCAUGGACCAAGAUUCCAAGACACUCCAACAGGUCCAAUUGAUAUUGUAGCUCAUGAAGCUCCUGAGUUUGUUGAAGAUGAAUAACAAAAAUUUUAUUAUAAUCUUUUAAAAGUUUUGAGAAAGAAAUAAAAGUUUUUUUGUGAAGUCGAAUAAA